AUGUCUUUUCAGCCCACAAAUGAUGAAAUCGACCUGGAAGAUACUGAAGAUACUGUAGAAAAUAUUGUGCUUUCAAGACUGAAUAGUAUAAAAGCAAGGGGAAGAAUGAGUUCUGUAAAAUCCACAGGAAUUGAAACUGAUACACAAACACUGACAUUUAAGCACACCACAAAAGCACAGCAGAGGACAAGAAAAAGACAGCAACCUAUAAAACUGGAACCUCUGCCAGUGCUAAAAGUCUAUCAAGAUCAUCAGCAGCCAGAAUACAUAUAUGAACAGAACCGAUCGCAAUUAAGAACUCGUGGAAUCCUUAAAGGAUCACCAAGCUCAGCAGAAAGAAAAUCUAUCAAAUCACCUACUUCAUUUGCUGAGCCUCAAGAUGAUGUGAAAAAAAAGCAGAUCCGUCGAUCCUCUGAAGAGGCAUUCGCUCCUUCUCCUCAAAAACAGCCUCGUACAGGUAUUGGAAGAAGAGGUCUUUUUGGGAGUAGGUCAUCAACUUACCCCACGUAUAUUUUCCAAGACCCAGAAGAAGUCAUUAAAGCCAACAUUCGUGAUCCUUUGCAAAUCAUCAAAAUAAUACGUGAAAAUGAAAAUCUUGGAUUUCUUUAUAUGAUUCCUGCAGUGCCAAAGUCUUCCAUUGAAUACAAUACAUAUAAUCUAAAAGUUGUAGCUUAUGAGAACAUCAAUAAAAACGACUACUAUACGAUUAGCCAAAAGGCAGUGACACACAUUUACAACGAUGAGAUUGAAUUUAUUGAAAUUGAUCGAUGGGAACAGGAAUACCUAUAUCACAGAGAACUCAUUAAGAUCCCCAUAUUUUCACUUUUCCGGAAAUGGAAGGCUUUUAGCGUAUGGAGGAAGAAUGUACGCUCCACGAAAAUCAAUGRAUGUCGAAAAUCUCUACAAAAAGAUUUGUUCAUUGUUCAUCCUUAUUUGCGACCAGCUCUUCUUAAAAUAAAUGAAUUGUGUUAUCAAUUGAGCUUUAUGGGACUUUAUUAUAUUGAAAAAUGUCACACCUACACCCUGCAGGAGUUCAAGGCUGCACAAGUCGCAAGACUACAGGAGGUGACAGAGCGCCUAGAAGAAUUUCGAAAUGAGGCAAAAGAAGUGGUCAGGAAGGCAUGUCGAUUUGCUUUGCGUGCUGCAGGGUUUGUUCCUGAUGACUGUGCAUUUGAACCUACUGAGGCUUGCUAUGCAAAAAUAAGUGGAGUAGGUUUCAGUGAUGUGCUGGUUGAGUUGCCCUCUUAUGGAGAUUCUGAAAAAAUGACAUAUACAGAACAGGCCAGCAAAAGGCAUCAUUGCAUGAGGCUAACAUGCUUUAUCUAUCUAAAUGAUUAUUUAAUUGAGAACACACUGCACAUCUUAACAGUAAAUUCUGCUAACUCUCUUCUGAAUUAUCUUACUGAUAAACUGAAAAGAACACCUUCAGCAGAUGUCAUUCAGAAAUGGAUUACUGAGGAGAAGCCUGAAGUCACUGACAAAAAGGGGGCUCCUGUAGUGGAAAAGCAGGAAGAAGAUGAGUCUCUCGUUCCCAUGUUCAUCACAGAACUGAUUUUGACAGUCCAGUCACUACUCUUUGAGCCUUCAAUGGAAGAUUUUCUGGAUGGUAUUUCGGAUUCAGUUGAUAAUUUUCAAAACACUGUGUUAUCAGUUCCUAAUCUCGUGCCUGAUUCGUAUUUUGAUGCUUUCACCAGCCCUUACAUUAACAACAAACUUGAAGAAAAAACUUGUGGACCUGGGCCAAGUUUAUCAUCUGUGUUUGAUGAUGAUAAGAAUUAUCACAUAAUUGUCUAUCAAAUAAAGGAAACUGUUCGUGCAGCAUUUGAGUCUGCCUACUUAUAUGCAGCUACUUUUGAAAAGAUCCAUUUAUUCUUUAAGGAAAAUGAGAGUCUUGAUUUGCAAGCUCUUAAACUUCAAGAACCUGAUGUUAAGUACUUUAGUGACCAACUGGAAAAAUAUCACAAACAGCACAAGGAUGCACUGGCUCUAAAACCCACCAGAAAUGUAGGAUUGCUGCUCAUAGACACCAAGCUGCUAAAAGAAAAAUUAAUUCCAUCACCUUUUCGAUGCUUGGAGGUGCUGAAUUUUAUGCUUCCUCGUUUAAGCAAGAAAAAAGUGGAUGCUAUUAUCUCUGAGGCCCAAGAUGCAGAGUAUAAACUUGAAUUUGUUCCAAGCACUACCAUAGAAUAUGUUAACAGUUUAGUAUUUCUUGAUGAAAUUCAGGAACGGAUUGAAAGCCUGGAAGAUGAAGGGAAUGUAGUGGUUCAAAUGUACAAGCUUAUUGAACAGUAUCAGAUAGCUACACCUCCUGAAGACUUCGCUGUUUUUGCAACUAUGAAGCCAUCCAUUAUUGCUGUUCGAAAUGCCAUUGAUAGAGCAGUGGGUGACAGAGAAACAAGCAUUAAGCAAUUUUCUCUGCAUUUGGGUAGAGAUCUUGAAGAUCUAAAUGAAGAAGUGAAUGAAAUAAAGCUGCAAGCACAGGAUCCACAGAUUUUGGAUAUUAACACUGAUCAAGAAAAAAUAAAGAAUAUUUUAAGUGAUCUACAAUGUGUUUUAGAUGAUCUUCAAAAACGUGCCUUUCAAUAUAAAUCCUACCAGAAGAAUUUCAAGGUAGAAGUGUCCAAGUUUGAAGCUUUGGAAGAAGUUAGCGCUGAACUGAAGCUCAAACAAUUGCUUUGGGAGUCUUACUCUGAAUGGGAUAAACUCCAACAAGAAUGGUUAAAGUUCAAAUUUGACUCCCUGGAUCCAGAAUUCCUAAACAGUCAGGUUUCUAAAUAUGCCAAAAUUGUGAGUCAAUUGGAAAAAGGCUUGCCACCCAACAAUGUAGUACCCCAGAUCAAAAGUAAAGUGGAAAAAAUGAAAGAAAAGCUUCCAGUUAUCAUUGACUUGAGGAACCCAACUUUGAAGCCUAGACAUUGGACAGCUAUUGAACAAACCGUUGAUGCCUCCCUGGUGGAUACUGAAAUUCCAUUAACCUUGGAGAGGCUCUCCGAAUUGCAUGUGUUUGAUUUUGGCCAAGAAAUCCAGGACAUAUCUGGACAGGCUUCUGGAGAAGCUUCCUUGGAAAUAAUUCUUAAAAAGGUGGAGGACUCUUGGAAAACAACUGAAUUUGUUGUUCUGCCUCAUCGUGACACUAAAGAUGUAUUUAUCCUGGGAGGCACAGAUGACAUACAGGUCCUUCUUGAUGACAGCACUAUCAACAUUGCAACCAUUGCCUCAUCACGUUAUGUAGGUCCCCUUAAGGCACGAGUGGAUGACUGGCAAAAACAACUUGCUUUGUUUAAUCAAACACUGGAAGAAUGGCUUACCUGCCAGAGAAACUGGCUCUACCUAGAAAGUAUUUUUAAUGCUCCAGAUAUUCAGAGGCAAUUGCCUGCAGAGGCCAAGAUGUUCCUUCAAGUGGAUAAAUCAUGGAAAGAAAUCAUGAGGAAAGUGAACCGGCUGCCUAAUGCUCUUCGAGCUUCUACUCAACCUGGACUUCUGGAAACUUUUCAAAACAAUAAUGCAUUACUUGACCAAAUUCAGAAGUGUCUAGAGGCCUAUUUAGAAUCCAAAAGAGUUAUCUUUCCAAGAUUUUACUUCUUGUCAAAUGAUGAACUUCUGGAAAUCUUGGCCCAGACACGAAAUCCACAGGCUGUUCAGCCUCACCUAAGGAAAUGCUUUGACUCCAUUUCAAGGCUUGAAUUUGCUCUCAUGCCUCCUGCUGAAGGAAGAAUUCCUAGUAUUGACGGAGAGCCAGAAAAGGUUUACACUAAUGAUAUCUUAGCGAUGCUGUCACCAGAGGGAGAAAGGGUUGGCUUGGGAAAAGGCCUCAAGGCUCGAGGCAACGUGGAGGAAUGGCUUGGUAAAGUGGAAGAGGCCAUGUUCACAUCUCUGCGGCGCCUGAGCAAAGCUGCCAUUGCUGACUAUCAGGGGAAACCAAGGACACAAUGGGUGGUGGCAGGCCACCCUUCUCAAGUUAUCCUGACAAUUUCUCAAAUUAUGUGGUGCCGUGAUUUGACUGAAUGUCUGGAAACAGAAGACAGCAAUCACAUAGAGGCCCUAGAAGCUUUUGAAACAGUAAAUUUUGAGAGAUUAAAUGCCCUGGCUACAGUAGUUCGAGGCAGUCUACCUAAAUUGCACAGAAAUAUCAUAACUGCAUUGAUUACUAUUGAUGUGCAUGCAAGAGAUAUAGUCACUGAGCUUGUUAACGCCAAGGUAGACAAAGUUGAAUCCUUUGACUGGCAGAGACAACUGCGCUAUUAUUGGGAUGUAGACAUAGACAAUUGUGUGGCUAGAAUGGCACUAUCUCAGUACACUUAUGGCUAUGAAUAUUUGGGAGCAUGCCCAAGAUUGGUUAUUACUCCUCUCACGGAUCGCUGCUAUCUUUGCCUCAUGGGGGCUUUGCAGCUUGACCUAGGAGGUGCACCAGCUGGUCCUGCUGGCACUGGAAAAACAGAGACCACCAAAGACCUAGCAAAAGCUCUUGCCAUCCAGUGUGUGGUCUUUAACUGUUCUGAUGGUUUGGACUACAAGAUGAUGGGGCGCUUCUUCAGUGGGUUGGCCCAGUCAGGAGCCUGGUGCUGCUUCGAUGAAUUUAAUCGAAUAGACAUAGAAGUUUUGUCAGUGAUUGCACAGCAACUCAUCACCAUUAGGAAUGCCAAAGCCGCAAAGCUCUCUAGAUUCAUGUUUGAGGGAAGAGAAAUAAAGUUGGUUAUGACUUGUGCAGCCUUCAUCACAAUGAAUCCUGGAUAUGCUGGCAGAACCGAGUUGCCAGAUAAUUUGAAGGCUCUAUUUAGACCAAUGGCAAUGAUGGUUCCAAAUUAUGCUUUGAUUGCAGAGGUAAUCCUAUAUUCUGAAGGAUUUGAAUCCAGUAAAACAUUAGCAAGAAAAAUGACCCAGAUGUAUAAGCUUUGCAGUGAACAGCUCUCUCAACAGGAUCACUAUGAUUUUGGCAUGAGAGCUGUGAAGUCUGUAUUGGUCAUGGCUGGGUCUUUAAAAAGAGAGAACCCAGACCUAAGCGAAGAUGUGGUUUUGAUAAGAGCUUUACGAGACUCCAACUUGCCAAAAUUUCUAACAGAUGAUGCUAUUCUGUUCAGUGGAAUCAUAUCUGAUCUUUUUCCUGGAGUCCAAAUUCCAGAACACGACUAUGGUAUUUUGCAGUCAACAAUUGUGGAUGUCAUGAAUGGAAAAAACCUUCAGCCUGAAAUCUGUAUGGUUGAAAAAGUGAUACAGUUCUAUGAAACUAUGCUUGUGAGGCAUGGUGUUAUGUUAGUUGGGCCAACAGGAGGUGGCAAGACCACAGUUUAUCAAAUACUAGCAGAAACUUUAGGGAAUUUACAAAAACUUGAUUUAGGCAAUCCUUUUUAUCAAGCAGUUAAAACGUAUGUUCUUAAUCCUAAAUCAAUCACCAUGGGUGAAUUAUAUGGUGAAGUUAAUAACAUAACCUUGGAAUGGAAAGAUGGUUUGAUGGCACUAAGUGUCCGAGCAGCUGUGAAUGAUACUUCAGAAGACCAUAAAUGGAUCAUCAGUGAUGGACCAGUGGAUGCUCUUUGGAUUGAAAACUUAAAUACAGUAUUGGAUGAUAACAAGAUGCUUUGCUUGGCUAACAGUGAAAGGAUUAAACUCACACCUCAGAUCCACAUGCUCUUUGAGGUGCAAGAUCUAAAGGUUGCCUCUCCUGCAACAGUCAGUCGAUGUGGAAUGGUGUUUGUGGAUCCCGAAGAACUAAAAUGGAUGCCUUAUGUUAAAACAUGGAUGAAGCGGGUUUCUAAAAAGCUGAAUGAGGAAGCCCAAGAAUAUAUAUUGAACCUUUUCCAACGUUAUGUUGAUGAAGGUUUACAUUUUAUCAACAAAAAGUGCACCCAGGCAAUCCCACAAGUGGACAUCAGCAAAGUUACUACCCUCUGUUGCUUAUUAGAGUCUUUGAUAUUGGGAAAAGAUGGAAUUAACUUGACAAUGGAACAAGUGAAAUUGAACACUGUGCUAUGCCAGACAUUUGUAUUCUGUUACUUAUGGUCUUUGGGUGGAAACUUAAAUGAAAAUCAUUGGGAUUCUUUUGAUACGUUUAUCAGAACACAAUUUGAUGAUAACCCUGAUGCCAGGCUUCCGAGUUCUGGUGAUCUUUGGAGCAUUCAUGUGGACUUUGACACUAAACGGAUGGAUCCCUGGGAACGAAUUAUACCUACUUUCAAGUACAGCCGAGAUAUUCCGUUUUUUGAAAUGCUUGUCCCCACAACAGACACAGUGCGCUUUGGGUAUCUAAUGGAAAAACUACUUGCAGUCAAACAUUCAGUUUUGUUUACUGGAAUAACUGGAGUUGGCAAGACCGUUAUUGCCAAAGGAUUGCUAACUAGAAUUCAGGAAUCUGCUGGCUAUGUCCCUGUUUAUCUAAAUUUUUCUGCCCAAACUUCAUCUGCAAGGACACAAGAGAUCAUUGAAUCAAAACUGGAAAAAAAAAGAAAAAAUAUUCUAGGGGCACCAGGAAAUAAGCAAGUUAUAAUUUUUGUUGACGACUUAAAUAUGCCUAGACUGGAUCGCUAUGGCUCUCAGCCUCCCAUUGAAUUACUUCGCCAGUAUCAAGAUUUUGGUGGAUUUUAUGACAGAAACAAACUCUUUUGGAAAGAUAUACAGGAUGUAACAAUCGUAUCAGCAUGUGCACCUCCAGGAGGUGGUCGAAAUCCUGUGACCCCUCGUUUCAUCCGACACUUCAGCAUGCUCUGCCUCCCGAUGCCCUCAGAGCACAGUCUGAAACAUAUUUUUUAUGCCAUCUUAAAUGGCUUCCUACUUGACUUUCCACAAGCUGUAAAGCAAACCGCAUCAAGCAUCGUAGAAGCUUCAGUUGAGAUUUAUAACAGAAUGAGUAUUGAUCUCCUGCCAACACCAGCAAAGUCCCACUAUGUCUUUAAUUUGAGGGAUUUAUCCAAAUGUGUGCAAGGUAUCCUCCAGUGUGACUCAGGAACAAUAAGAGAAGAAAUGCAGAUAUUUAGACUCUUUUGCCAUGAAUGUCAAAGAGUCUUCCAUGAUCGUUUGAUUAAUAAUGAAGAUAAACACUAUUUCUACGUUAUUUUAACAGAAAUGGCCAACAAACAUUUUGGCAUUGCAAUAGGCCUGGAAUAUUUUUUGGUUAAGCCCAUCAUAUUUGGAGAUUUCAUUAAGUUUGGAGCAGAUAGAGCUGAUCGGAUUUAUGAUGAUAUGCCUGAUAUGGAGAAAAUUGCAAAUGUUCUACAGGAUUAUCUUGAUGAUUAUAACCUUAUAAACCCCAAAGAAGUAAAGUUGGUGUUUUUCCAGGAUGCCAUAGAACAUGUUUCAAGGAUUGCCCGGAUGAUCCGUCAGGAAAGAGGCAAUGCCCUGCUUGUGGGAGUAGGAGGCACAGGAAAGCAGUCUCUUACAAGACUUGCAGCUCAUAUAUGUGGUUACAAAUGUUUGCAGAUUGAACUUAGCCGUGGAUAUAACUAUGAUACUUUUCAUGAUGACCUAAGGAGGUUGUACAAAUUGGCUGGUGUAGAGGACAAAAAUAUGGUUUUUCUUUUCACAGACACCCAGAUUGUAGUGGAGGAAUUCCUAGAAGAUAUAAAUAACAUCCUGAACUCGGGUGAAGUGCCUAAUCUAUUUGAAAAGGAUGAAUUGGAGCAGGUGUUAGCAGCCACCAGGCCAAAAGCAAAAGAAGUUGGAAUUUCCGAGGGGAACAGAGAUGAAGUGUUUCAGUACUUUAUCAGCAGAGUUCGUCAAAAACUGCACAUUGUUCUCUGCAUGAGCCCAGUUGGAGAGGCGUUUCGGUCCCGAUGCCGGAUGUUCCCAUCUCUUGUGAACUGCUGCACGAUUGACUGGUUUGUCCAGUGGCCCAGAGAAGCGCUUCUUUCUGUGUCAAAGACAUUUUUCUCAACUGUUGACACUGGAAAUGACGAACUGAAAGAAAAGCUUUCCCUCAUGUGUGUCAAUGUUCACUUGAGUGUCUCCCAAACAGCAGACCGCUAUUACACUGAGCUCCGCCGGCGAUACUACACGACGCCCACUUCCUACCUGGAGCUCAUCAAUCUCUACCUGACUAUGUUGACUGAGAAAAAGAAGCAGUUAAUUUCAGCAAGAGAUCGGGUGAAAAAUGGUCUCACGAAGCUACUACAAACAAAUGUACUGGUAGAUAAUAUGAAAUUAGAACUUUCAGCUCUAGAACCUGUGCUUUUGAAAAAAUCACAAGAUGUUGAAACCCUGAUGGAAAAAUUGGCAGUGGAUCAAGAAAGUGCCGAUCAGGUCCGUAACGUUGUGCGAGAAGAUGAAGCAAUAGCAAAAGUGAAAGCUCAAGAAACCCAAGCAAUAGCUGAUGAUGCUCAGAGAGACCUCGAAGAAGCAUUGCCUGCACUUGACGCUGCCAAUAGAGCACUGGAUUCCUUAGAUAAAGCAGAUAUAGCUGAAAUCAGGGUUUUUACAAAGCCCCCAGAUAUGGUCAUGACUGUAAUGGAAGCAAUCUCCAUUCUCUUGAAUGCCAAGCCUGAUUGGCCCACAGCAAAGCAACUUCUUGGCGAAUCUAACUUUCUAAGAAGGCUUUUAGAAUAUGAUAAGGAAAACAUAAAGCCUCAAAUAAUAGCAAAGCUUCAAAAGUAUAUUAAUAAUCCUGAUUUUCUUCCUGAAAAAGUAGAGAAAGUAUCCAAAGCAUGUAAAUCCAUGUGCAUGUGGGUAAGAGCGAUGGAUUUGUACUUUCGAGUAGUCAAGGAAGUGGAACCAAAGAGACAAAAACUCCGUGCUGCCCAGGCUGAACUUGAUGUUACAAUAGCUACCCUAAAAGAAAAGCAAGCAUUACUGAGACAAGUGGAGGAUCAAAUACGAGCCUUACAAGAUGAAUAUGACAAAGGUGUGAAUGAAAAAGAAAGUUUGGCAAAGAAUAUGGCCCUGACAAAAGCACGCCUGUUACGUGCUGGAAAGCUGACAGCUGCAUUAGGAGAUGAACAGGUUCGAUGGGAAGAAAGCAUAGAGAAAUUUCAGGAGGAGAUAUCGAACAUCAUUGGGAACGUGUUUAUAGCAGCGGCUUGUGUGGCUUAUUAUGGGGCUUUCACAGCCCAAUUCAGGCAAUCACUUAUAGAGUGUUGGAUCCAGGACUGCCAGUCUCUGGACAUCCCAAUUGAUCCUUCCUUCAGUCUCAUUAACAUACUUGGAGAUCCCUAUGAAAUAAGGCAAUGGAACGCUGAUGGGCUGCCAAGAGACAUGAUAUCAACAGAAAAUGGCAUUUUGGUUACUCACGGGAGACGGUGGCCUUUGAUGAUUGAUCCCCAAGAUCAGGCAAACCGUUGGAUAAGAAACAAGGAAAACAAAAGUGGUUUAAAGAUCAUUAAACUUACAGAUAGUAAUUUCUUACGAAUUCUUGAAAAUUCCAUCCGACUUGGCUUACCUGUCUUACUGGAAGAGCUCAAAGAAACCUUGGAUCCAUCUCUAGAACCUAUUCUUUUGAAACAAACUUUCAUCAGUGGUGGACGAGUACUCAUUCGCCUUGGAGACUCAGAUAUUGAUUAUGACAGAAACUUCAGGUUCUAUAUGACAACCAAGAUGCCAAAUCCUCACUAUCUGCCUGAGGUGUGUAUUAAAGUUACCAUCAUCAAUUUCACUGUAACCAAAUCAGGUCUGGAGGAUCAGUUGUUAAGUGAUGUAGUUCGACUUGAAAGACCCGAAUUGGAACAUCAGAGAGUGCAGCUUAUUGUAAGGAUCAACAGUGAUAAAAACCAGUUAAAGUCUAUUGAAGACAAGAUCUUAAGAAUGCUCUUCACAUCUGAAGGAAAUAUUCUCGACAAUGAAGAACUUAUUGAUGCACUCCAGGACUCAAAGAUCACUUCCGGUGCCAUUAAAACCAGACUGAAAGAAGMAGAGUCCACUGAGCUGAUGAUCAAUGCUGCUCGUGAGAAGUAUCGUCCAGUAGCCACUCGAGGCUCUGUUAUGUACUUUGUUAUUGCAAGUCUCUCGGAAAUAGAUCCUAUGUAUCAGUAUUCAUUAAAAUAUUUUAAGCAGUUGUUCAAUACAACAAUAGAAACUUCUGUGAAGACAGAUGAUCUACAGCAUCGCCUGAAAAUACUACUGGAACAAACUCUCCUAACUGCUUAUGUCAAUGUUUCAAGAGGACUUUUUGAACAACAUAAGCUCAUCUAUAGCUUUAUGCUCUGUGUUGAGAUCAUGCGUCAGCAAGAAUUGCUAACUGAAGCUGAAUGGAAUUUCUUUCUCCGAGGUUCUGCAGGACUGGAAAAGGAUCGCCCUCCUAAGCCUGAAGUUCCCUGGUUAUCUACUGCCAUGUGGUUUGCAUGCUGUGACUUAGAAGAGUCAUUUCCAGUUUUUCAAGGAAUUACACGAUAUAUAUUUUUGCGACCUAUUUCCAUAUGCUUGGGAUCUUUUAAGACUUAUAUUAACUCAAGCCAGUUGGAAGACUAUUUUGAAUUUCAAAAAGAAGACCAAUCCAUGAGAGAAAAGGAGGCCAUACUCCUGGAAUAUUGGCUCUCAGAAUUGAGUUCUUUCCACAAACUAAUUCUUAUUAAAUGUUGCAAAGAAGAAAAGGUGGUUUUUGCUCUUACAGAAUUUGUGAUAGAAAAUCUUGGAAAACAGUUUAUAGAGCCACCACCUGUGGACCUGCCUACCCUAUACCAAGACAUGUCAUAUAACACCCCCCUGGUGUUCAUCUUAAGCACAGGCUCAGAUCCCAUGGGUGCAUUUCAGAGGUUCGCCCGGGAUAGCGGAUAUUCAGAACGAGUGCAGUCAAUUUCACUAGGACAAGGACAAGGACCCAUUGCUGAGAAAAUGAUCAAGGAUGCAAUGAAAUCAGGAAACUGGGUAUUUUUGCAAAACUGCCAUCUUGCUGUUUCUUGGAUGUUAGCCAUGGAAGAGCUAAUUAAAUCCUUCAUAGAUCCAACUCAUGUUAUCAAGGACACUUUUCGACUUUUUCUAAGCUCUAUGCCUAGUACUACAUUUCCUGUUACAGUUCUUCAGAAUUCUGUCAAGGUGACCAAUGAGCCUCCCAAAGGGUUACGUGCAAAUAUCAGGCGAGCGUUUACUGAAAUGACACCUUCAUUUUUUGAAGAAAAUAUCCUUGGAAGAAAAUGGAGACAAAUGAUAUUUGGCCUUUGUUUCUUUCAUGCAAUUAUUCAGGAGAGAAAGAAGUUUGGGCCCCUUGGAUGGAAUAUAUGCUAUGAAUUUAAUGACAGUGAUAGAGAAUGUGCUCUACUGAACCUCAACCUUUACUGCCAAGAUGGAAAGAUUCCCUGGGAUGCACUGAUUUACAUUACUGGUGAAAUUACAUAUGGCGGUAGAGUUACAGACACAUGGGAUCAAAGAUGCCUUCGUACUGUCUUGAAAAGAUUUUUUUCUCCAGAAACAUUACAAGAUAGUUAUCAAUAUUCUGAAUCAGGCAUAUACUUUGCACCCUUGGCUGAUAACUUACAAGAAUUUAAGGAUUACAUUGAAAAUCUGCCUUUAAUAGAUGACCCAGAAAUUUUUGGAAUGCAUGAAAAUGCCAACCUGGCUUACCAGUACAAAGAAACCAACACUUUAAUCAAUACCAUACUUGAUGUUCAGCCAAGAUCAUCUGCUGGUGGACAAGGAAAAAGCAAUGAUGAAAUUGUCCAAGAGCUUGUUUCUUCUGUCUGGACCAGAGUUCCAGAAACACUGGAAAUGGAGGGUGCUUCUGAGAGCCUUUUCGUUAAAGAUCAUCAAGGACGCCUGAACUCCUUAACCACCGUUCUUUGCCAGGAAGUGGACCGGUUUAACAAUCUACUAAAGUUAAUACAUACUUCCCUAGAUACACUCAACAAAGCCAUUGCUGGAUUAGUGGUGAUGUCUGAAGAAAUGGAAAAGGUGUACAACAGUUUCCUUAACAAUCAGGUUCCUUCUCUGUGGUCCAACACAGCAUAUCCAUCCCUGAAGCCACUAGGAUCAUGGGUCAAAGACCUUAUUCUGAGGAUUGCAUUUAUGGAUUUGUGGCUCAGAAGAGGACAGCCCAAAUCCUUCUGGAUCUCUGGUUUCUUCUUUCCUCAAGGAUUUCUAACAGGAACUCUUCAAAACCAUGCUCGGAAAUACAAUUUGCCUAUAGAUGAGCUGAGUUUCAAGUACAAUAUUAUUCCUUCCUACCGAGAUCAGGCUGCAGUAAUAGAAGCUGCCAAGACGAUACAGUUUGGACACGAACUGCCCAUGGACCUAGAGUUGCCUUCUCCUGAGGAUGGUGUUCUUGUUCAUGGGAUGUUCAUGGAUGCUUCUCGAUGGGAUGAUGAGGUGAUGAUUAUAGAAGACGCCUUGCCUGGACAGAUGAAUCCAAUGCUGCCUGUUGUGCAUUUUGAACCACAACAAAACUAUGAGCCAGACCCAACACUUUACCACUCCCCACUCUAUAAAACAGGGGCCCGGGCAGGAACACUUUCGACUACAGGCCAUUCAACCAACUUUGUGGUGACUAUCCUUUUACCCUCCAAUCGGUCCAAAGACUACUGGAUUGCUAAGGGAUCAGCUUUGCUCUGCCAACUGAAUGAGUGAACAAAUAACACAUUAGUCC